GAUUGCGCAAACGCCUUAAAGACUAUAGUUGAUUCUUUAGGUGGUAUUAUAAAUUAUCCAUAAAUAAAAAAAUAAUAGAGUAAAAAAACUACGAGCUUUCUCUGGUUUCAUUAAUGGCGGGUCCUCUAGGAUCCCUUUCAUUGCAGGCGCGCCAGUGAAGCCAAUAAUGUUGUUUCUACGUUCUAUUCUCUUUGUUCUUGUGCUAUCCCACUAUUUCUUCUCUCCAAUCUUUGCUGGAUCGACUGAAGAAGAAGAGUUUUCCGAAGAAUUGCUUCUGAAACCCUUGCCUGAUCGGAAAGUCCUUGCUCAUUUUCACUUCGACAGCAGAGCUCCCCCAUCGACUAGCCAUGGCCGCCAUCAUCGGCUCUUCCCCAAAGCCAUCGCUCAACUGGUCCAAAAAUUCCGGAUUCGUGAGAUGGAGUUGUCAUUCACGCAAGGCCGCUGGAACUACGAACAAUGGGGUGGAUUUGAUCCUGUAUCGAGCGCAAAUGCGAAACCUCCCGGAGUUGAGUUGUGGGCUGUCUUCGAUGUUCCAUCUGACCAGGUCGAUUCAACCUGGAAAAAUCUGACCCACACCCUCGCGGGUCUCUUUUGUGCUUCCAUUAACUUCUUGGAAUCAUCUACUGCUUAUGCUUCUCCACAUUGGAGCUUUCGACCAUUCUUGGGUGCCCUUAGAUAUGGUGCUCUGCCACGGGAGGCUGUUUGUACUGAGAACCUAACUCCCUGGUUGAAAUUGCUCCCUUGUCGAGACAAAGCCGGACUUGCUGUUCUAAUGGACAGACCUUCUAUCUAUAGGGGUUUCUAUCAUUCACAGCGGUUAAGGUUGACAUCAAGUGAAACGGAUUCAGAGGUUGGGGUGGAACGUGGGAUUUCGCUUGAACAGACUCUUACAGUCGUUCUUCAACCUGGAGAACCGCAGCCAAGUUGGUCUUUAAGCUCAAUUUUUGGCAGGAAAAUCACUGGAAAAUGUGAACUUGCAAAGUCUAGCACUGUAUUCAUUGGACUUGAGAGGAAUCUAGUCUCUGAACUCAAUGAGUCGGGAAAGAAGAAUGAGAAAAAUUGGGUUGCUGAAAAGGCCUAUGGCUCUUGGAGUAACCCAGUAUUUCAGCUUUCUUUUAGUCCUGAUAGGGUAAUUGAAGAGAUAAACAACGGGCAUGGUGGGAACUCAGCUGUUCUAUAUGAGUUCUCCACUGAGAAAUAUAGUGAUUAUGAGCCAUUUGAUGUAAGUUUGACAUGGAAACAGCCUGUGUUCUGGUCGUCUCCUCAAGCACCAUUCCACACUAGUAGGUUCUUAAUGGGAAGUGGGAAUGCUAGAGGUUCUAUUGCUAUCACUUUGAAAUCUACAGAAUUAGUCAAGGGAUUCUUGGGUGAUAGUGCCAACAAAGGCAGCUGUAAGGUGCGGAUUGAAGUUUUCCAAGUUGUGCCUUGGUAUGUGAAAGUUUAUUUUCAUACUCUUCGGAUUUUUGUUGAUGGAGAAGCACAAAUUGUUUCGGAGACCAUAGAGAAAAUACGGGUUUCACCUUCUGAAGAUAGGGUCUCACCUGGGCUGAUGGAGAUGCUUUUGAGACUUCCUUGCGACAUGAAAUCAGGUGUUCUAACCAUAGAGUUCGAUAAGGGAUUAUUACACAUUGAUGAAUAUCCUCCAGAUGCUAAUCAGGGAUUUGACAUUCCAUCAGCUGUAAUUAGUUUUCCUGACUUUGAAGCAAGUAUGCAUUUUCUUAAAGAGGACUCCAGCAAGUCACCAUUGUUAUCUAAGUUUCAGGAGAAGAAUCCUGUGCUGUCUUACACAGAAAUAUUACUUGUGCCUCUUGCCACUCCUGAUUUUAGCAUGCCUUACAAUGUGAUUACAAUCACAUGCACGGUGUUUGCUUUGUAUUUUGGAUCACUGCUCAAUGUAUUAAGGAGGCGGGUUGCUGAGGAAGAAAGAUUCUUAAAAAGCCAAGCUUCCGGGAAAGGAGGUCCACUUCCCCGGCUCCUAUCAAAGUUGCUUAGGAAGUUAAGAGGAAGACCAGAAGAACCAUCACAGUCACAAUCACCGUCAUCUUCCUUACUAACUCCUAAGUUCAUACUCAAAGUCCUAUUAGUGGCAGGGAUUGCUGUUGGUUGGCAUUUUUAUUCUGAAUGACUGCCAAAGCUAAUCCAAGGGACAUGGUUUCCGGAAAUAGCUUAUUGAGAUGCUUGCAAGUCUAAAUAUAUUCUUCCUCGGUUCAUCAGAUUUCCUGAUUUUCUCCUCCCGUCUCCUUCCCUUUUUCUUCGUUCAGGUUCUUCAUCUUGAGGUUGAGAGUUGAUGUUGGUGGAAUGGCUAUUUUGGGGAAAAAGAGGUUUGAAAUAGGGGUUUGUUCCACAGCCGUUGGAUUAGAAUGGAACACAUGUCGCACACAAAUAGGGAAUUGGUAGAGAAUUAGAGGAUGAAGAAUUGAAGCCGAGCCAAAUCUGUCUGUGUAUAUCUCUCCCCACACUCCAUGUAAAACUAUGCCCCAGCUCAUUCCUAUCCCAUUCCCAUCCCAUCCCAUCCCAAGCUCCCCAUUGGUGCAUGCCACUAGCUUGUGAAAAGUGAGCAACAUGUCCAACCGUCGCCCUAUAUUUUACACAAAACUUGAUCAACAUAAAACUGCGACUCCAUACCAA